AUGGACAGCUCAGCCGGAGCCCCUCCCUUCGCGAGUCCUGUUGGGCUAAAGCAAGGUUUGCCUCGCCGCCUUCCUCCGUCAAAAACUAACCUCACUGAAAAGUUCGCUGCUGCAGAAUCUUCUACACCGGCUGCCAAUAGUGGCCAAAACUCCAGUAUGUUCUCCUUUUCACCUGCUGCAAAGCCUGUACCUGCUGGGACUCAGGUUCAGCCCACUGUGCUGGGCACUCCUCCUGCAGCGCCGAUCAAGGCUUCCACCCCAGUCUCUUCAGCAGUGGUGCGUCCUUCUCAGAGUGCUCCUCCAGCUUCCAUGCUCCAGAAAACGGCCAAGAUUUCCUCAGCUGUUUCAAAAGCGAGCCCUUCCCAGGGCCGGCAGCAACCACCCACUGCUGGGGUGGAGAAACAGACUCACCAGUGGAAUGAUUCAGAUCCUGUCAUCAUAGGAAUCAGGGAGGAGAUUGCACAUUUCCAGAAGGAGAUGGAAGAGCUGAAAGGCAGGACAGCCAAAGCUGCCAUCGAAGUGGGCACCGAGGAAGAGGAGGAGAUGUUGAGGAUGGAGUCAAACGACCUUCACACUUUCCUUUUGGAGAUCAAAGAGACAACAGAGUCCCUUCAUGCAGACUUUAGCCCUUCUGAAGACAAGCCUGCUGGAGGGGUUUGCAGGGCUGGAAGAAGCAAGACAGAAGGACAAGCGUGCUCACAACUCUGCGUAUCUUCAGCUGCUCUAUAA